AUAUCAAAACAACCUGAUUUUCGUGAACAAAAAGCCCAAUUUCAGGAGGAGGUCGAACAAUUGUGCCACUUGGUUCUCUUCCUUCCUGAGUUCCAUUGUGAACUUAAUUGAAUUGAGUACUAUUGGGGUUAGAUUAAAAAGUAUGCAAGGGAAAACUGUGGUGACUCUAUUGAAGCAUUACGUGAUAUUCUUCCAAUUGCUUUGGAUUCUGUAAUGCCUCAGUUAAUAGGCAAGUAUUAUCAUAAAAUACAAAGAAUCCUGCAGGCAUACCAUGAUGGUAUAUUUAUGGAAGUGAGGACUUCAAGAAGGUAUAAAAGUGACAUAAGAGGGUGAGAGCAG